UAAGCAUUUAAAGCUAUACACGUGUGUUAGUUAGUCGAAGAUAACUCAAAUUAAUUGAUGGAUUAAACCUUUUCCGGAACUUAUUUUUCAAGAAGGAACUGUGUUUUGUCGCACCUGCUCCAAACCGAGUGACUGAGUUCUACUGCGAUUAAGGACUAAACGCUUUUUCCCUUGAAUUCAAGCACCUAAUUAUAAAUAAAAACUUUUUAUUACGACAUUCGAGAUAAAACUCAAGUAGUAUAAAACCGUGAUAAAGAGGUCACAGCAGUCAGAGAUUAGAGUGUUAUUAAAUCAGCACGAUGUGGUGGAUACUGGUGGCUGUAGCAGCUGCCCUGGGCUACUGGGUACUGAUCCGCCCCCAUAAAUAUUGGUUAAAAAAGGGGGUGAAACAAGGAAAUCCUGCAUUUAUUUUUGGGGAAAGUUGGGCAAAAUUGACACAAAAACAGUCAUUUCCGGAAAUGGUGGAGAUGGUUUACAACAUGCAUCCAAACACCAGGUACUCAGGAUUCUAUCAAUUCCUCUUACCAACUCUAGUUUUGAAAGACCCCGAACUUAUUAAACAGAUUACCGUCAAAGAUUUCGACCACUUCGUCGACCAUCAACCUUUUAUUCCAGAAGAUAGUGACCCUCUGUGGAGUAGCAAUUUAUUAGCCUUAACUGGGAAAAGGUGGCGCGAAAUGCGAGCAACCCUCAGUCCAGCUUUCACCAGCAGCAAAAUGAAAUACAUGUUCUCUUUAAUUUCACAAAGCGGCGAACAGUUCGUCAACUACUUUUUGAAAAAGAACGAAGAUGUCAUUACCGUUGAAAUGAAAGACAUUUUCACAAGAUUCGCUAACGACGUCAUCGCCAAUACCGCUUUUGGUGUAGAAUGUGACUCUUUGGUUGACCAAAAAAACGAGUUUUUCUUAAUGGGGAAAGAAGCCACAGAUUUUAGCAGUGUCUGGAAAAAUUUUAAAUUCUUUCUCUACUUUCUAGCACCUAAAUUGUCCGAGUUGUUCAAAGUGAAGUUCUUUUCAGAAGAAGUCAGCAACUUUUUCACCAACUUAAUUAAAACUAAUAUUCAAAGUCGCGAAAAGCACGGAAUUGUAAGACCUGACAUGAUCCAUCUUCUCCUCGAAGCUCGAAAAAAUCGUCUUAGACACGAAGAAAGUCACUCGAUCCAAGAUACAGGUUUUGCUACAGUUGAGGAACAUGAGUUUACCAAGAAUGCCAAAAAAAUUGAACGUGUACUGACAGAUCAGGACAUAACCUCACAAGCGUUGGUUUUCUUCUUCGCGGGUUUCGAGACAGUUUCUUCUUUGAUGAGUCUCAUGUCUUACGAGCUUGCUCUAAAUCCAGACGUCCAAGACAAACUCGUGCAAGAAGUGGAUGAUACUUUGGGAACUUGUAAUGGUAAAAUUACUUAUGAGGGUCUUUUUGGUAUGAAAUACAUGGACAUGGUUGUAUCCGAGACUUUAAGAAAAUGGCCUAACACUGUUAUUACUGACAGAAUCUGUACUAAACCCUACACCAUUGAAGCUAAACAUCCGGAUGAAAAACCUCUACACCUAGAAAAAAAUACCACUAUUUGGAUACCUACUUUUGCCAUUCACCGGGAUCCUGAAUAUUAUCCAGAACCUGAACGUUUUGAUCCCGAAAGAUUUAAAGACGAAAACAAGACUGACAUUAAACCUUACACGUACUUGCCUUUUGGUGUCGGACCCAGGAAUUGUAUUGGGUCUAGGUUUGCACUGCUAGAAACAAAAAUUUUGUUUUUUUAUAUUUUAUCGCAUUUCCGUAUAGUUCCUGUGGAGAAGACUCCGAUUCCUUUAGUUUUGUGUAAAAAGCAGUUUAAUUUGAACGCAGAAAAAGGGUUUUGGUUAGGACUUAAACGCCGUUGUAAAAUCUAACUUCAUGUUCAUACUUACCAACUUGCCAAUUUUAAGUUAUUUAAAUAUUGUGUCAAAAAUGUAUGUACAUUUUAAUAAACAACCUUAUAUAA